AACAACAACAACAACAACUCGAGCAACAUGCUCGGCGUUUACAUCGAACGGGCACCCGAGUCGGCGAUCGCGCCCAAUGGGGACGAGGUGGUGUUCGAGUGUGAGCUGAACCUGCAGCCGGAUCGCUUGGAGUGGCGCUUCCGGCCGAGCAGCAGCGAGCCGUACCGCUACCUGCGGCCGGCUGCCGGGUACAAUGUGACCAGCAGCAACGAGGAGCGCACCUGGAAGCUGCGCAUCUAUGUGAACGCCCAGACGCUGGGCGACUACCAGUGCGUCGCCUGGUAUGGGCCCGGCGCGAUCGCCUCGACGCCCGCCCGCCUCACGCUCGUCUCCAUCUCCGUCGACAGCCCGGGCGUGGGCCGGCAUGCGGUGCGCUGGAGCGUGGCGCCCAAGAACUGUGUGCUGCUGCGCUGCGGCUCGGUCAGCUCCAGUCCGCCGGCCAUCUGGAGCUUCUACCGGAACGGCGAGAAGCUGCCGCAGACGGAGCUGCUGCCGGGCGCCGCCGGCGCGCUGGUCCUCAACUCGGUCAGUGCCAAGGACGCGGGCAACUACACCUGCGCGGCGACGAAUGCCAUCACCGGCGAGGAGCUGCGGCUGCCGCAGGUGAUCGACCUGCGCGUCGACUAUACGGACCGUACUCCGCCGUAUUUCCUGCUCCAGCAGCCGGCCACGCAGGUGGCCGCUCGGCCCGGCGAGACGGUUGUCCUGGAGUGCCCGGGCGUCGGUUCGCCGCGGCCCGGCGCCGUCUGGAGCAGUCCGAAUGUGCCCAACAUCUACCACAACCGGAGUCGGGUGCUCGCCUACGGACUGCAGAUCACGGACAUCCGGCCCGAGGAUCAGGGCUCCUAUGUGUGUCGCCUGGACAACGGCAUUGCGCCCGUCCUCGUCCACAUGAUCAAGCUCAGUGUGCUCGAGCGACCGCGCAUCUUGCGCGGCCCCGAUCCGACCCUGACCAACGAGGGCGAUUCCCUGGCCCUGGAGUGCGCGGCCACCGGGCAUCCCGAGCCGGACAUCUACUGGCUGAUCAACGGCGAGGAUGCCAGCAACGACAACGAGACCCUCAUCGAGCACGGACGCCUGCUCAUCCAUCAUGUCCAGAAGCGCCAUGCCGGGGUCGUCCAGUGCUUUGCACGCAAUCAGCUCGGCGAGACGAGCGAGGGCAACAUAUUGCGUGUGAACCCGAUGCAGAUCAGCGGCGAUGAUUACCAGCCUCUGGGCGAGGUGCCCAUGCGAUCGGCCCACGAUCUGGCUAACGGUGGCUACUCGUCCGGCUCCUCGGCCUCGUCGUCGUCCGCUUCCGGCUCAGCAUCGUCCUCGGGCGGCGGUGGCUCACGCAACAAGAAGCGCAAAUACAUGAGAGUUGGUAAGUUCUAUAUAUACAUACAUAUAUGAUUUGGUACGCUU